UACCAUUAAGUAUGAAAUCUGAGAAUUGGCUUAAAGAGACAAGCUUAUCGGUAGACCAGUUAAUACAGAAUCAAUGCGUCUAUCUAAAUGUCUUAAGGAUUGAUGAAGAUGAGGAUGAGCAGUUAGAUAUGCCGGUAGAUCCGGAAAGUUACUAUUCGAAAGCUUUUUUAGCAUCGCAAAGUUCAUUAUUUCUAAGAAAAAAUGGCAGAUAUGUAAGGAAAAUUCUAUGGAGAGUUGUAUAUGGAAAUAUUCUUGAACUUAUACCUGUUGAAAUAAGCAAUUUGGGAGUUUUUUCGGGAAUAAAUAUAUAUAUAUCUUUUCCAUCGGAAAUUAAGCCAUAUUGUGUUGUCUUAAUAGAUAAUAACGAGAAAGAUGAAUUUACAAUUCAUGUUUUGACAAAAGUAAACCUUUUUUAUACUCUCCGUUUUACAUCAGAACAUUUUUUUCGACAAGAAAUGUUUUCAAAUAAUAUGAUUAAUUGGUGCCAUGUAUAUCGAUCAUGCUAUUUUGAUAUACGUGCACCUCAUUUUUUUAUAUCUAUUACUCCUGAAAAGGUUAUUUUUUCUCUUAAAGAUGGUGGUCUUUUGAUGUUUGAAAAAAAUGAUCAAAAUGAAUAUUCAGAGAUUCCCUUUAGUGAUGGAAGCUAUUUUUCAUCUCUUAAAGGGAUGUUUUUAUGGGGAAUAUCUAAAAAUGAUCGUCUGUCUUCAAAUUUGAUUAUUUCAAUGGAGGUAUCUAUUACUUAUUCGCUUCUUUUUACUAUCAGUUUGGAUGGAAAAUUAAAAGUAUGGUCUAUAGAUAAUGGUAUUCUUUUAAAGACAUAUAAUGUUUGGAAUGAUCAAAAAAUAUUUGAUCCACACCCAAGAUGUUUGAUUUCAAUUUUAGAAAAACCUACAUUUCCGGGAUAUAAAUUUUACUUAUUAACAUUUUCAUCUAUAAUAGAGACGGGGUUUGUUUUGUGGGGUGCAACUCAUUAUGAGAUGUCAUUUUCUGGUUUAGUUAAUUUGAAUUCAUUUGUUCAUUUAUACAUGCGUUUACGUCCUCCAACAAAUAAUUCUGUAUGGGUAGUUUUAAAAUUCCAUCUUUCCAACAAUUUUCUUAAAAAUGAGACUGAUUCAAAAGAUUAUAAUAUAAAAUCAGGAAUGAUUAUUUGGGUUUUAUGGAAAAGCAAUACAAGUUCUAUUGUUCAAUUUAUAGCAAUUGAUCCAUUUAAUCCAUCUUUUUCAAGCGAUGAAUGGAAUACUUUAAUUCCUAUGUAUAGAUUUUUAUCAAAAAAAAUAUCUCCUGCUGUUACUUUUGAUACAAGUCCCUAUGAUGUAUCUGAAUAUUGGUAUCGGCAAAUUUCAAUACCAGGACAGUUUUCUUCUGUAACUAUAAAGACUUCACUAGAAAUAUAUAAAUAUAAGAAUCAUCUAUAUGAUUACGCAAAUAAUAGUGGCAUAGAUGUAACCUUUAAUUGUUUACAAGAAAUGAAAGAAGUUAUCUAUAAAGAAAUUAAUACUAUUGUUACUCUUCAACGUGAUCCCUAUAAUGGGUUAUUGCUUUUUGAUAAGCAUAGACAGGAACUUAAUGCUGAAUGGAUUCGAUUUCUACGGUUGUGUACUGAACUUGAAGAAUUGGGUUCUGAACCCCUUGACUUUAUUUGCGAUUCAGAAACAAAUCUUAUUUAUAUUGUGAAAGCAAAUGCUAUUGGUGUGAUAAACAAUUGUACUUCUUCUGAAGUUAUUUAUUAUCAUUCUUUAAAUAAGCGAAGAGAUGAUCCUAGGUUUCAAAAAUGGUGCAGUUCAAAAGGUGAUCCAAUAUAUUCUUAUAUUGGAAAUGAUACAACACGUUUUGAUAUAGCACAGCUUCUUCUUAUUAGUAAUAAGUUUUUAGAUGAUUUUUCUGAUAUGCAAAUCUUGUUUGUUAAACAAGUAUUAGAAGAAGAGAUUAGACAGAAACAUUCGUUUUCUAUUGGUGAUAGAAUUUGGAUUCUCUCAGAAAGAAUAUUUUGCCAACAUAUAGAGACAUCUAAAAUAGAUGAUAUUAAUUUAAUUUUUAAUGAUAUUUCGGAUCCUAUAUUUGCAAUGACCAUAUUGCUUCGAUGUUUAAUUAAUGAUAAAUGUUUUCAAUUGGGUUUUUAUAUGAAGAAUAAAUCAGCAUUAAGUCUAAAUAUAACAACUUCGUCGAUUUAUCAAGUAGUUUAUAUAUAUUAUGACAUUUUAUUAAGAAUGCUAUUAGUAUUGGUUUUUGUUGGAUGUUAUAAUGAUAAUGUGCAAAAAUUGACAGGCUUCUAUCAAUUGUUUGAUAACUAUCUUUCCGAAUUCAGAGAAUGUUGUUGUAUUCGAGAAUGUUGUUCUCAUCUUUUAAAUAAGACUAAUGAAAUGCUUGUAUUAGAUACAAUAAAAAACAGGAAUUAUGAUGCAAAGGUUCUUAAUAAAAGAAAUAUUCAAAGACUUUUUGGACUUGAAUCAACACUUCGACUUUUUUUGCGUGAAUUUAGUUUAUUUAAAGAAUUAAAAAAUAAUGAUAUAACAGACCCAAAUAAUAAUUCAUCUUCUCUUAUUUUAGGUGUAUUUAAGGAUGGUUAUGAAAUGUCUUUUUGUAUUUCUGCAUUAUUAUUUCAAUUUAAAUACUUAUUAGAAGCUAUGGAAGUAGUCUCUUGGAUAUCGUUUAUACCUCUUGGUAUUUAUUUAAAAGCAAGAAUAUUUUUAAGCUGUGGGAAACUAGAAAAAUCUUCUGUACUUUUUAGAAGAGCUUCUCUUGGUAUAUGUUCAUCUAUGACUCAAAUAAGUGAUACUAUGUUAAAUAUUUUAAAAGAUUUUGGAUUUUCAUUCACUUUUAAUGAUUUAUAUCUAUAUUUUAUACACGUAGCUGAUACCUAUUAUCAAGAAGCGUUAUUUUUUUAUUCUGCUGAAUUUUAUGAAGAAGCUAGAAAAGUAGGUUUAGAAAAGUUGAAUUCUACAGAAAAAGAAGAUCUUUAUUGUAAAAUGUUUCAGACAUAUAUGGCUGCAAAGAUGUAUGACAAUGCAUAUUUAACUCUCUUACAAUUUCAAUCAUAUGACAAGAAAUGCGAUUCAUUAUACAAAUUGGUUGAUGCAAUGUGUGAAGAGAAUCUUUCUAAAAAGCUUUGUGAAUAUUCUUUCCUCGGAUUAAGUGAUGAGCUUGAUUCAAUUUUGCAUUUUAGAGCUCAAAAUAUGAUAGAUGUCAGAGCAAAUCCAUGUUAUCAUAAAAUAUUAUACUCAUGGAGAAUAAAACAGGGUAACUUUAGAGGAGCUGCAUCUAUUAUGUAUCAUCGUUUACAAAAAUUAAGAAAUGGUUCUUUAGUUAAAUCUGCUGGAAAUCAAGAACAACUAGACAUUAUUGAAGGAUAUCUUGCACUUCUUUCUGCACUUUCUUGUGUUGAUAUAAGCAAUUCAUGGAUUCUUUAUCCUGAUUUUGAUUCAACAUAUCAUACUAAUAAAAAAAUAAAACAAUCUUCUUCAAAAAAUGAUGCAACAAAACAACGACAAGUCUUAGAUAUUGUUACAAUUAGAAAAGAAUAUAUUCAAGAAUUAAAACGUAUGCAAAAUAUGCUUAAUAAUGUCUAA